AUGAUCGUGGCUGAGACGCGAAAGGAUCCAGUUCUCCAGCAAGUGGUGAGUUUCCUCAACGAAAGUUGGCCAGCGAGCGCCAAGCUGAUUGCUGACCCUGACGUCAGAAAGUUCUUCGCUCGGCGCGAUGGACUGCAAGUCGUCGACGACUGUGUGAUGUUCGGCGAUCGGAUCGUCGUGCCCCUCAAGUUCCGCAAACGGAUCAUUCGCCAACUGCAUCGCGGACACCCAGGGAUGGACCGCAUGAAGUCUCUGGCCCGCAGCUACGUUUACUGGCCGAACGUAGCCGACGAUGUGGUGCAGUUUGUUCGCCAGUGCAAAUCAUGCGCUGCUGCAGCGAAAUCCCCGACGAAGGCGACCCUCGAGUCGUGGCCUCUCCCGGACAGGCCGUGGCAACGUGUCCACAUCGACUACGCUGGACCAGUCGAUAGUUACUACUACUUCGUCAUCGUGGAUGCCUACUCCAAGUGGCCCGAGAUCUUCCGCACUCGUGCCAUAACCGCAACUGCAACCCUGGACAUGCUUCGUGAGACCUGUUCCCGUUACGGCAACCCGGACGUCCUGGUCUCAGACAACGGAACGCAGUUCACCAGCGGGCAGUUCGAGGAGUUUUGCCGUGCGAAUGGUGUCACCCAUCUCCGCACAGCGCCCUACCACCCGCAGUCAAACGGCCGUGCGGAGCGAUUCGUUGAAUCACUCAAACGUGGCCUCAAGAAGUUGAGUGAGGGGGAAGGCUCGCCCACACUGGAGCACUUGCAAACGUUCUUGUUAGUGUACCGUUCCACGCCCAAUCGGAACACACCGAACAUGACGUCUCCAGCUGAAGCAUUCCUUGGACGACCGGUGCGCACCACACUGGACCUGCUGAAGAAGCCUGUUCCUGCCACACCGAUCGCCGUCAACCACAAGCAGAACGAGCAGUUCAACCGUCGGCAUGGAGCCGUCAAGCGCGAGUUCAAGGACGAUGACCUGGUCUACGCCGAGUACCACCAGCGCAACACCAAGUCCUGGAUUCCUGGCCGUGUCGUCGAACGGAAAGGUUCCAUCAACUACAUUGUGCAGCUGGACCUGGAAGGAAGACAGAGGAUAGAGAUCCUGGUCGAAGAAGCUCGACCGUUGCUGCUAGCUGACCAGGAAGAACCUGAAGCUCCCAUCGAGAUCGACAUUCCUGUUCCGGACAGUCCCGCACCACCGGCCCUGCCUGGAACCGAAGAUCCACUGGAAGGUGGAUCUGGCACAAACCACUUUGUGCUGCCUGAAGAAGAUGCCGUACCCGCCGACAAGCCCGUAACGCCGCCGAAGCCGCCGACACCGAUACUUCCUGUUGGUCCACGCCGUCCCGUUCGACCGUCCAGGAUUCCACGGUGGCUGAAUUUGUACGACAUCUCUCAAGGGGGAGAUGUAGCAGGCCUUGACCUGCACAGCUGA